CUGUGUUAGUCCGUGGUACUACGGUUGAAGUCUGUGUUCAUCAUCAUCAUGAUCAUGCGUGAAAGUUUCUGUGACUCACGAGUCACGGUCCUGUGUGUGCGCGCGUGCGUCGUGUGUGUCUGGGGAAUAAAUAAGUGUCGUGUAAAAAUCAUGCGCUUCCAAAUGGCGCGAUCUGGGGACAAGGACAGGCUUGAAGCGCACAUCCUACCUGCAGGAGGGUGUGUGGAAAAACACGAUGAGUGACAAGCGACAGCGAGUCAGAGUUCAAGGUUCAUGGGCGAAAUCGACCCCUCCCCAAAGAGGUGGUACUCACAGAAGUGGGGGAGAUGCAGGUCCUUGUCAGCUUAAGGCUGGGAACUGGGGUGACGGGCAGCGAACGUUUGAGUUUCGUCAACCAGCAAAGCCCUUGAGAGAGGUACCAGCCGAGAAGGUCAUAGAGCAUGCAGGGGAAUAUGAAAUCAGCCAGGGGCCCACAGGUGUGUCCAGGCUGCGGCUCUUCCCGGGGUUCCUGUCUCAGGAGGAGGCCGACUGGAUGUUCAGCAGGCUCUACGCCGAGUUGCCCUUUUCGCAGAAGACCAACUUGAAGCACGGUCAGGCCUACGAUGAGCCCAGACUCACCUGCUGGUACGGAGAGCUGCCCUACACCUACUCUAACUCUACCCUGGAGGCCAACCCACAGUGGCACCCGUUACUGCUGCAGCUGCGGACGAAAGUAGAAAAGGCUGCAGGACGAUCCUUCAACUCUCUGCUGUGCAACCUGUACCGCGAUGGGAAGGAUAGCAUUGCUUGGCACAGUGACAGCGAGCCCUCCCUCGGACCCCAGCCCACCAUCGCCUCGCUCAGCCUGGGAGACACGCGCUGCUUCAGUCUGCGGAAGCAACCCACACUGGAGGAUGGUGGCGACUACACAUACGUGGAGCGGUUAAAGAUCCCCCUGGCCCAUGGAACACUUCUGCUAAUGGAAGGGGCCACACAGGAGGACUGGCAGCACCAAGUAGCAAAAGAGUACCACGACCGUGGGCCUCGGAUCAACCUCACUUUUCGCACCAUCUACCCAGAACCGAGGAGAGGAGGAAGAAGAUGAGGAGGGCGAAGAGAAGGACGUGUUGUGAGUCGAGGGUACAAAGUGGUGGGGGAAGGCCCUCAGUCACCCAGUGACCAGACGGGUUGAUGUCGACCGCAGUGACUCUUCACCCAGUCACCUGAAGUCCACUGUGAGGUGAUGGGCCAGUCUGUGAUUGCAAAAUGUUCUGGUGGUUCUGUUUAUGGUGCUCUGUGCGUGUGUGUGUGUGUGCGCGUGUGUGUGCGCGCUCACGCGUUCUUGCAAACAUGAUGUACGAGGCAAAAGUUAAAGGUCUUUCAGGGUUCGGGGAACUACAAUGUUUUUUUUGGAUUCUCUGAACUGAAAAACAGACAUAAUUUGCCAGGAAAAAUAACAAACACGGUUUUGUCCUGAAUAUGUUCUUUUGGAAAAGGUCAGAGUAGGAGUUAAUAAGUAAAUGUUUAAAAUUGUUCGGCUUCACAUCUUGCAAAGCUAAUGAGAUUAAAAUGAAGUUUAGUGUGAGGUCAGUUUAAAAAAAGUUAAGAACAGCUUAUUUCUGGUCUCCUUUGUAAUGUAACUUAUGAGCCAAGAAAGAAAAAAAAACGGUUAAAAAUAUGUCCCCAGAGGAAUAUUUCUUUUCUUUUUUUUUUUUUUUGCUUGUAUCCCACACUGAUGUGACUUUGUUGGCUGCGCAGACACUGCUUGGUAAAUAAACUGGACUGAAACAUGAAG